UAACAAAUAUCCAGGUGCCGCGCAAUGUGGUGCCAACUCAGAUCUGCUCACUAGUUUUGAGGCAGUCGCAGACCAUCUGUACUGCAAGUCACCAGAGGUUGAUGCCAUUCUGAACACUCCUGGCUGUGUAGUACCAGGACUCAGGGAAGGUGUGUGGGCAGGUAUAGCUGUCUCUCCUGGAUGCCAAGAUUUGGGACCCAGAAGUCUCCAUGGCUCCCUACCACAUCCGCCAGUACCAGGACAGCGACCGUAAAAGUGUUGUGGACUUGUUCUCCAGGGGCAUGGAGGAGCACAUCCCCGCCACCUUCCGCCACCUGCUGCUGCUGCCCCGAACCCUCCUGCUCUUACUUGGGGUGCCCCUGGCCCUGGUCCUGGUGUCUGGCUCCUGCCUGCUGGCUGUUGUAGGCAUUAUCCUUUUGCUCCUACUCCUGCGGCUCCUUGCCAGACAGCCCUGGAAAGAGUAUGUGGCCAAGUGUUUGCACACAGACAUGGCUGACAUCACCAAGUCCUACCUGAAUGCCUGUGGCUCCUGCUUCUGGGUGGCUGAGUCUGCGGGGCAGGUGGUGGGUACAGUGGCUGCUCUGCCAGUCAAGGAUCCUCCAUUAGGGAGGAAGCAGCUGGAGCUCUUUCGCCUGUCUGUGUCCUCACAGCAUCGAGGACAGGGGAUAGCAAAAGCGCUGGUCAGAACUGUCCUCCAGUUUGCACGGGACCAGGGCUACAGUGAUGUUGUUCUUGAGACCAGCACCAUGCAGCAAGGUGCUGUGACCCUCUACCUGGGCAUGGGUUUCCAGAGGACAGGCCAAUACUUCAUGGGUGUCUUCUGGAAGAUAGUAGAUAUUUGUAUAAUUCAACUGAAGUACUCCUUCCCUUCUGCCUAGGAAGCGGGGCUGUGCUCUAUGUCCUGUGCACUCUGCUACAGGACCCAGUGAACGCUGUCAUGUCAGUGUGAUGAACAAUAAAAGUUCCUUGCUGGUGUACACCAGAUUCCAAUA